AUGGACAAGGCGUUGAACCAAUGUAAAGGAUAUGGUUUUGUCGACUUCGAAAGUCGUGAAGCUGCCGCGCGUGCUGUGGAGAUGCUGACAAAAAACGGAAUCCAAGCACAAAUGGCAAAACAGCUUCAGCAACAAGAACAAGAUCCAACAAACCUCUACAUCGCUAAUCUUCCUCCGAACUUCAAUGAGCAAAUGUUGGAGAGUGCACUAAGCCCGUACGGAAUGGUAAUUUCAACUCGAAUCCUACGAAAUGCAGAUGGAAAUUCGCGAGGUGUCGGAUUUGCUAGGAUGGAUUCGAAGGAAAAAUGUGAAGAGAUCAUAGCUGCGCUUAAUGGAAAGCUAAUCGAAGGAAUGGAUCCCAGUUCUACUCCGUUACUGGUAAAGCAAGCUGAUACUGGAAGGAAGAAUACUCGCAAGAGAAGCGAUAUGGGAUUUGAACUGGGGAUGUAUCCUAGCCAGCCAUUCACCAUGACAGCUCCUCAUGAUUAUAUGAGGAAUAUGGGUGGCAUGCCGCAGAUGUAUCCUGCGCCUUAUGUCAACUACAGCAUGGGUUAUCCCCAGCAAGUCCCUGGCUAUUCGCGUAUGUUAGCCUAUGAUGUCAACGCUAUGACGAGUCAGAUGGGUGGUAUGCAGAUUGGAGCAGGAGCUCCUCCAUCUGCUCAGGAUAACGGCCUUUAUAUGCUUCCACAGCAAGGUUACUACGUCAACAGAAAGCAAUACAGUGGUACUGGGCAGUAUGAUGUCAUGCAGGGACCCUCUGGCAACGGAAAUGCUCAAAUGGCGGCAAUGGGACAUGGUGGGCAAUAUGUACAGCCUGUUGAUGAGGAUCCUUACAGAAAGAUGAAUGGUGGCCAAGGUCAGCUCCAGUGA